AUGAUGGUGUCAUUCAAGACGUCCCUCUCUAUACUUGGGCUUGCUGCGUUCGCCCAAGCGGCACCCACCACCUCUGCCACCAAUAGCAGCGCCAACUUUACCAACUCGUCUAUUAAAUGGACGAAGUGCCCUUCAACAGUAUCUGGCCAGUCUGGGCUGCCAGUAGAGUGUGCGCAGUAUGGCGUGCCUCUUGACUAUACCGACAAAAAGUGCAACGAGACGACCCUGCUCAACUUGAUCCGUGUUCCGGCCACCAAGCAGCCAUCUUUGGGCAGCAUCCUGCUCAACUACGGUGGGCCUGGCGAGGAAGCUGUUUCUACGACUGCGCAAAGCAGCUUUGUUCUCAACAUGUUGUCUGGCGGGCGCUAUGAUCUUGUCUCUUUUGAUCCUCGUGGAACUACCACCACGCUCCCGUUUACAUGUUUCACCUCUGGUUUUGAGCAGCAGCGGUUCGUGGACAACCUCUCUCUGGCCCCUCAUCCAGAGGAUCGUGAGGCCAUCGGCCACCUUUGGGCGGCGGCCGCCAACAUCGGCCAGGCAUGUGCCCAAGCGCAAAACAAAACUGGCUCGCUUAUCGGUACAGCGUUCGCUGCACGCGACGUGGUAUCCAUCGCCACAGCACUUGGUGAAAAGGACAAGGUCCGCUUUUGGGGAUUUUCGUACGGCACUACUCUAGGAGCCACUCUCGUUUCCAUGUUCCCCGAAAAGAUCGAAGGUGUCAUUCUAGACGGUGUUCAGAAUCCCCACGAGUACUACCACGCUGAUGCCGAUUUUGAGGAAUGGGCCCAAUCUGACCAGGUCUUCUCCGCCAUCUUUCAGUACUGCGCCAAGAAUGCCGACCAGUGCGCCUUGUCGCGGCGCGGCAAUUCGUCCGCCGAGCUCGAGAAAUCGUACUGGUCGCUCUACGAGAGCCUUCGCUACAACCCUCUUCCGGCUGGCACCGCCGUUUUGGAUCACUACGCUCUCAAUCAGAUCGCCAGUAAUGCUCUGUAUAGUCCUUACUCGUGGCCCAACUUCACCGCUGGCGUCGACAUGCUCAUGGGCCCGAAGAAGGACUACGACAUGGAGUUCUUGGCCGAUUGGACGGCCCAGCUUCAAAUCACCGACGAUACGACGGCCCGCGCAGCUCAGCGGAUCAUCCAGUCGCUCGCCGGCAUCCACUGCUCCGACCGCGUGAACCGCCUCUCGUCGCUGCAGGAGUACAUGCCCGUUCAGCAGCGCCUCGGCAACAUCAGCCGCCUCAUGGGUCCUACUGAGGCACCCGUCGCCAUGAUCUGCGCCCAGUGGCAGAUUGAUGCCAAGGAGCGCUACAAGGGAAACUUCCAGGUCGCUCCACGAAAGCCCGUGCUGCUUGUUGGCAAUUCUUACGAUGGCCACACCCCAAUUGUUUCGGCGCGCAACGUCAGUUCUGGCUUUGGGGGUAGCAUAGUUUUGGAAGUCAAUGGCUACGGACAUGCCUCCCUCGGACUCCCGUCCAAGUGCACUGUUCAAAAGUAUUCUGACUACUGGGUCAACGGCACCAUGCCUGCGCCAGGAACCGUUUGCGAGGUUGACUACAAGCCCUGGAGUAACAUUAGCUGGCCGGACGUGGCCAAGGAAAUUGGCUGGCCGGUGCCUGGGGCCCAGUCAGCCGUCUCUGGCAGUCCAUCGGUUGUGUCGCGCAUGAUCGCGGCCAGGCUCUAA